AUGGAUGACCUUAAAAAGGCCAAAGUAUUAAAAGCUGAAAAAAAAGCUAACAAGGCUAAAAAGGCUAUCGAUAAGUAUAACCACGACCCUGAAUAUAGAUUUUUGUAUGAUUGUAUAUGUGAUGUUUUUGCUUACCUUUUAAGAAGGGACAUGAUAUUGUUACAAGAAUAUUAUUUUGACAAUAUUAGUUUAGCUGCAAAAUGGUGCCGUUCGUUGGAUUCGUCUUAUGACGAAUACCUUUUGAUUUGCGAAACCAUCGCGAGGAAGGUGUUUCCUCGCGAUGUGUAUGUCGAGUAUAAGGACAUGGAGGAGGCGCAUUAUGCUUACAAGGUUCGUACUCGGUUGAGAAAAGACGUUUUAGCCCCUCUUAGAAACGCGCUUAACUUGCCGGAGGUUUACAUGUGUGCUAAAAGAUGGAGGGAGAUUCCUUAUGAUAGGGUUUCUUCCACUGCGAUGAAUUUAGGGAAGAAGGUGUUUCUCAAGCAUGAUAAGGAUGGAUUUGAGGAGUAUUUGAGUGAUGUUAAAGAAGGUAAUUUAAGUAUUGCUGCUGGUGCUUUGCUUCCUCAUGAGAUUGUUUCGAGUAUUUAUGGAUCGGAUGAAGAUCUUAACGAGGUUGCAGAGCUUCAAUGGAAGAGUAUGGUGAAUGACUUAGCUAAAGAAGGGGAGUUAAUAAACUGUACUGCAUUAGCUAAUAACAUAGCUGGAGAUGUUUGUGUUGGACUUAUGCUAUUGGUUUCGGAGUUAACGUGUGCGCCGUGGAAGGGGAAGGUUAUCACAUGGGGUGAAGAUCCUGAAUUUCACACCAUUAAAGGUGAUAAGCUUUCUGAAAAAGUGGAGUCAGUUCAAGAAAUGGUGUAUGAGAGUAUGGUGGAUUUACAGAAAGUGUUUGAUAAAGUUUUGGAGUUUACUGUUGAGAAGAAUUUGAGUGAAGAUGAGAUGUUAAGAAGGUUGUUUGUUUUCAUUGAUGAAGAUUUUGAGAAGGUUUCUGCACAUCCUUGGGAGACUGAGUAUGCUGAGAUGAAGAUGAAGUUUCUCGAUCGAGGUUUUUCGAGAGUUCCGGAGGUGGUGUUUUGGAAUCUGAAAGGGUCAUUGGCUGUACCUGUGAGAUGUGAUGUGCCUGGUAUGGCGGUUGUUAGCGGCCUUUCGAAGAAUCUGCUGACGUUGUUCUUGGAUGAUGGUGGUGGUGUUCUGACUCCUGAGAGUGUGAUGAAUGCUUCUAUUUCUAGGGCUGAGUAUAGUCAGCUUGUUGUUCAUGAUUGA